AAAGACAAUCAAUAUGGCGGUCAACGGAGAGUCAAAAGAUGAAAAUCAAAAGGAAAUCAAGAAAGUUAAGAAGUGGAUUGGAUGGUCAUGGACAUAUCUUUGGGGAGUAUGGUUUCUAACAAUGAUCUUUUUGCUCUAUAUUCUCAGAAAUCCUUUGAAAUUGAGAGAAAACGUGUGUUUAGGUAUAUUAAAUUUAAUACAAUAUAAUUAUGAAUUUAUGAUAUAAUUAUAUAUUUAAUAAUAUGUACAGUAUGUUGCUCACUUUUCGGACAGUACCGCUAACAGGACAAAAUGUUUUCAACGCUAAUUUUUUCGAUGAAGAAUAGCAAAAAAAAUUAAAAUAAUAUGUUCAGAUCAUUUUCUAGCAUGUCAUGAAUGUUGGUAGUUGGUCUGUAUUUUUCAUUUUUUACUGUAGUUUUGUGAAAGCAUUAUUACCCUGACUCGAAAGUUUGCAAAUCACGCACCAAAGAUUUUAGACGUAUAGAAGUAGAUAUAUAGAAAGUAGAUAUAUAGAAAGCAUAAAAUUUGUGUGCCCGAUAUCUCAGUUGUGCAAUACUAACUGUCUACACUGAACGAAUACUCAGAGUAAAGGUCAGUCAAAAAUAUUUUCUUAUAUAACUAGAAGUUACUCUCGAUUUCAGUUUGCUUUUCAAAACUGACUUCCAAUGUUUACUUGUAAAUUCGAAAUGUUCGUUGUAAAGUUCCGAAGUUUGUUUCGAAGUUCAUUCCGAUGAUUUACGAUAAUCAAGUUUAGGCCCUGUUUACACUAUACCGGAUUCGCUGGUCACGACAUCUUCUUUUGCCGUUACGGAGCAAUGGUUAGUAGCAAAUGCUUAUUAGUUUGACAGAAUUGGCAUGUUUAUUUGGGUCUCUGAGAUUAAAAAUCAUCACAGCCUUUCGAUACCUACAAAAUUUGACCCGCUCCGAUAGCAAUCCGGUAUAGUGUAAACGGGGCCUUAGUAAGUUGUAAUUGGCUAGUUAAGUGAACCAGCCAAUCAAAUCGCUUGCUAUUGAAUCAUCGUAACGAACUUCGAAACAAACUUCGGAACUUUACAACAAACAUUCCGAAUUUACAAGUAAACAUUGGAAGUCAGUUUUGAAAAGCAAAUUGAAAUCGAGAGUAAGCCUGUGUCAGACAUCGCUCUUCUCAUGCACUGAACCUAAUAGCUGCCAAAGAGCGAUGUUGAUUCAUUUAGUUCAUUUGGCAGAAUGGAUUAAUGAGACAGUUGGAGUGACAUUGGAGCAACAGGUCUGGUCGCACUGUGUAUAUGCAUUCACUUUAUAUGACUGUAUGCUUGAGGAAACUGAUUAUGUGAAAGUAUACAGCAGAAUCACACAAUUUUCUAGCUGAAGGAAAAUAAUCACUAUUUUUGUGAAAUCCAGAAUGGAAUAGAAGCAUUGUGCACCAGACAUGUCCGGUGCACAACAAGUUAUCUUGGUGCAUAUAUUGUAAUGGCCAAUAGACCUUUCCCCUUAUGAGUGAAAUUUUGAUCUAGAUAUGCCUGGGCAACAAUUUCAUCACAGCUUGAAAGAGCAUCACAAAAUUAGUAAUAUUCCAAAGUUUCGUUGCGAAAUGUUGUAAAAUGCGGAUAAUAUAGCCUUGCAAAGUUUGCCGUUUUUCAGUCAUUUUGCAUUACAAUCUAACAUUUUGCAUCAGUUUGAUCAUCUGAUUAUCAAUUUCCCGUUUGUAAUACAAAAUGACUGAAAAACGGCAAACUUCGCAAGGCUAUAUUAUCCGCAUUUUACAACAUUUCGCAAAGAAACUUCGAAAUAUUACUAAUUUUGUGAUGCUCUUUCAAGCUGUGAUGAAAUUUUUGUCCAGACUUGUCUAGAUCAAAAUUUCACUCAAAAGGGGUAAGGUCUAUUGAAAAAUUGAAUUGUUUGUAGAUUAGGAAAAUUUUUGCCUAGAAUUGCUUUCAUUUUGGUCUUGAAAAGGACCCUAAGACUGCCAAGAAAUAUUGUUUGUGAGGUUCUGAAUCACAAAAUAAGCUAUAUAUAGCUUUUAUAUUUUCCCAUAUUUAUGAGAAAUAUAGCUUACCUUGGAGUGAAAUAUAGUCUGUCAUUGUUUAGGGCAUGUUUAUAUGGAAGCCAGGCUGGCUUGCUAAGUGAGACAGCCCGGUAAGCGAGAUCUCGCUGUGUAGUUAUCUUUCUAGUAAAAAUUACCGUGCAUUAUAUGGACAAGCGGACUGGCCCAGUUGCCGAGAUGUCACUUGAAAGAGGAGAGAUCUCGCUUGCUGGGAUGGAAAUUUCUCCAUAUAAACACUCACAAGCUUAGCCCGGUUGCCGGGAUGAAAGUUCAAAUUUAAGAUAUCGCUGCAAGCUAUUUUCAACUUACUGUCAAAACAAUAUCAAAAUAACAAAAUUUUCCCAGCAAACGGGAUGAAAUUUUCUCAUAAAUACAAGAGAAAUUCAUCCCGCUUACCGGGCUGCCUUGUUCCUGACUAGAACAUUUGGAAAUUACUCACCCAACAUUUAGAAAAUGUUACCAAUUGAGCGCCAGUGCUCUCCCGUUGACAAGUAAAAUUGUCUGCCAUUAGACAGAGUGAAAUAAUCAUUAAAAGUAGGGUGCAUUGGGGUGCAAUACUACUUAAUGGAUUAAUAUCCCCCCAAAGAAAAGUAAAAAGGGGGCCCAACUUGCCCAGAGGGGGCCACGGAAUGCAGGUAUUGCGGAACAUGUUAAAUAUUAAGGAAUUUUUGAAAAAAUGAGGUCGAAAAAGGUCUCAGACUGAAAAAGUAUUUUUAAGCCCCCAUUAUCUCAAAGUAGUGUUUGGAAAAUUUUUUUGGGACGUUUUGUUUUCGAACAAAACCCGUUGACGUACCCCCCCCCUCUCCGGAUUUGGUGAUUAGAUUUUGGAACUGGAAAACAGCUUUUAGGGUGCAUUAAUGGGUUAAUGACAGGGUUAAUGAUUAUAGUGUUACUCUGAAUAAUAAUAAUUCAGAGUAACAUCACAAGCAUCAUAUUCACCUGAGUACAUUACAUCAACGCAGAAAAAAAUCAUGAUUACUAGAUUACAUUGAUAUCGAAGGAACUAGAUUCUGUUCUGAAAUAUCACACACUCGAACCGACCUGACCGCGUAGCUCAAUUGGCAGAGCAUUGGGCUAGUAUUCCAAAGGUCGUAGGUUCGAUUCCCACCGUGGCCAGGCAUAUUUUUCAAGCUUGCCCGGUGUGAUACACACUCAAAGUAACAUCACAAGCAUCAUGAUUAUAGUCUUUAUUGAACUAUAAAUUAAACAACUGUGUGAGCUUAUAUGGUCUCGAAGCUAAUUACAGGUCUCGGUCAGUUUCCGUGCGUGUAAGCGUACACGCGCGUUUGAAAAACGCUUAACUGGAGAGCAGCCUUAAGUUAGAAAUAUAGCAAGCAAUAUACUGAAUUCGUCGUCAUUCUUCUCGUCUAACCCCGAAAAUAGGUCGGUUGAGGAAAACUGGAUCACUUUUAAACAAUGCUUUGUCUGAUGGAAUAAAUCAAUUAAACAUGCUUUGUCUGAUGGAAUAAAUCCCCCAGAAGUCCUCGCGACCAAAAUUUAAUCUUCCAUGGUUAACUCUUAACAUCAAACGGGAAAUGCGUAGGAAAGAUCGGCUCCAUAAAAAGGCUGUCCAGACCAAGAAAACGCAACAUUGGAAAUUUGGAAUAGCUUUAAAUAUCAAAGAAAUCAUGUGUCUAAGCUUAUUAAAGAAUCACACGAGAACUACCUUAAUAACAUAAUUGGUAGCAGCUUGACCGAGAAUCCAAAAAAGUUCUGGUCCUAUGUCAAGAAUAGUAAAUCUGAAUCUAUAGGAAUCCCCCCAUUAAAAUCUAACAGCACUGUCAGCAUCUCAGAUAAGGAUAAAGCGGAAACCUUAAUUUCAUAUUUUUUCUCAGUUUUUACUCGUGAACAGUUACCAUCUCCUAGUAUGGGCCAGUCACCAUACGAGCCCAUCAUUGACCUGAAGAUUAGUCCGGAUGGUGUCGCUAAGCAGCUAUCCAACUUAAAUCCCCAAAAGGCAUGUGGUCCAGAUGAGAUCCCAGCUAGAGUUCUGAAGGAAAUCCCUCAGUCUGUAUCACCGUGGCUCGCCUUUAUUUUCCAGCAUCAGAGGCCGCGGAAGCAUUUCGAAAGUGGAGGGGCAUUGGCCAAAAGGGGCACUUUUGUAUAUGACCAAAAUCAAACGAUUUUAUGUCGUUCAUGAGCCGAACGAAAAUUUUUGAAAAUAUGGAGUCUCUAUAAAGUCGGAAAUGACCUUUACAGAGUCGUUACUACUGCAAAAAGAGCACUUUCUUUCCAGCAAAAGCGGGCGUUCAUUCAAGAAAUACUUUUUUCAUUCUUUAAAUGGGGCACUUUGGCCCAGAAAAAAGGGCACUUUUUUCACUUUUAAAACAGUUCGCGGCCCCUGCCAGCAAUCUUUCGAUCACAACGCAAUUCCAACUGACUGGUCACAAGCUCUUGUCACUGCUGUAUUCAAAAGUAACAGUAAGUCAAAUCCAGCAAAUUAUCGGCCAAUCUCGUUAACGUGUAUUUGUUGUAAAAUCAUGGAACACAUUGUGCUCAGCCACAUGGCAAAACAUCUUUCUGCAAAUAAUAUUCUAAUUGAUGAACAACACGGUUUUAGGAAUAAUCGCUCAUGUGAAACCCAAUUAAUCUCGACGAUGUAGAGUAAUUUACAACCACCAGGAUCAUCAAAUUCUACCAAACGAUCUAGACUGUCUAUCAUCUUGGGCCGAUUGCUCAAUGUGUCCAAAUGUUACCAUCUGGGAAUAACCUCUAAGAGAAUCCCUCACAUGUACAAUUACUGUUUGAAUGGUCAAAUUAUCUGAAGUUCUACAAAAUAUUUAGGGGUCACCAUUACUAGUACCUUGCGCUGGAAUGAACAUUGUGACAAUAUUUGUAAAAAAGCUAAUUCCACCCUUGGCUUGCCUAAACGCAUCUUAGGAAGCUGCUCUCCUACAGUUAAAGCUAGAGCCUAUCUCAGUCUAGUCCGCCCUAAGCUUGAAUUCGCAAGUUGCGUCUGGAACCCUCAUACUAAACGGAAUUCUGAGAAGAUUGAAAUGAUUCAACAUCGCGCCGCAUGAUUUGUUAACAACGACUUUUCCGGAUACAGCCAUGUUUCCCCCAAUGAUCAACAAUUUAGGAUGGGACACACUUGAACGGCGUAGACUGCUUAACCGGUCGUGUAUGCAUGUUCUACAAGAUCCACCAAGCCUGCGUUGAUUUAAACUCCCCCCCCUGAAGUGUGCCCUCUAAAAAGAAAUUCCCGACUUCCAAAUCGUCAUCCCUUUCAGCAAGUUUCUUGUAACAAUGAUAUUUUCAUUUUUCCCAAGAACUAUUAUAACCUGGAACAAUCUCCCUUUUAUCGAACUGCCUGCGAAUAUCAACGCCUUUAAAAGUGCUGCAGUGUAAUUUUGACAGGACACUUUUAUUGUACAUUUUUACAUUUUAAAGGGUUUUUUUUUUCAUAUAUAUAGUUCAUAGUUAUUUUGUUAAUGUAUACCAGGUGAUCUCGUGUUCGUAUUUUAGCCAAUCAGCGCUCAGAAAGGGUUGUCCGAAUAGAAAUCCAUUUUGAUGUAUUCAGUCAAUUAUAUCUUUCGUUAUUCUUUAUGAAACUAGUUGAAAUUUUGUAAUUAUGUUUGGUUAUAAGAACUAUAGCUCUGACAAAAAUAUGGAAUCGAAAUAAAGUAUAUUACAGGAGAUAUUCAGUUGUUUUAAUCAUAAAAUGGAUUUCUAUUUGACAACUAGUGCCAGUACUUUUCCGCGUAUCAAGAUCAUCUGGUAUACAUAUAUACAUAUAUAAGUAUCUCCUACAGUGUAAGCUGAUUUAAGAGUAUUAGAUUAAAGAUUAUACGAUUCUGCAUGUACAAUGCAUGCCAAUGAUGCCACAGCAGACGCAUUUCAUACAAUCUGUUUUGUUUUGAACCAUUAGAAUUGAUAGUUAUAACUGUACAUUAAACGACAAUGCUAAUCAACAUGCUUAAUUGAUUAUGUUAAAAAAGUAUCUAAUGUUAGUCAAAUGGCACAACUGGGGACUCUUUAAGAGGAGAUUUUUUUUGUAUGUCACGUAACACGCGCUCAAAACUAAUGCGUAUAAUAUAUCGCUUGAGGUUAUGACUAAAUUCAAAAUUUCUAUUUUUCGAUACGUUUCUCAAUCGGCAAACAAAAUUUAAAAGUAUGUCCAGUGCUUUAUCUGUAAAAUAAUGCUAAAAUGAAGAGAUUUUAGAUGAUACGCCAAAGAGAAAAUGAUGUCUGAAGUUCAGUAUUACAGUAAGUUUUGCUUAUAUGACUGUAAAUAUGGCGUCAAUUUUAAAGCAUCAUUGAUAAUUGUAUUUUAAUUGGCAAUUUUUAACUAUUAUUUUAUGUUUCUCAACCGGCAGAUGCAUUUAAAAAGGUAGCUAACUGUAUAAACUAGAGAAUAAAGCUAAAACAAAGUAAUUUUGAGAGGAACGCCAAAAAGAUUUUAAGUUUUGAACACUUUUCAUUGCAAAUACGUGACAUUGAAAAAAAUUGCCUCUUAAUCAUUUCAUCAAGUGACUGAUGUUCUGAAAGAUUUGCAUAUAACUUAGGCCUCUUUGGCAGGUUGAAAAUUAUCCGCCACUGGUCUCGGUGUACACAAACAAUUAUAACAUAUAGUUUUACUUUUUUUUAGCAACAACCUUUCUUAAUGCAUUAACUCCCAAGUUUUAUGUGGCACUUACUGCUACUUCUUCGUUUAUUUCUGGUGUUAUUUUGGUAAGUGCUUAUACUGUAGUUAGCUUCUGUAUUACCUUGAUGAAGAUUAAAGUGUCAUAUUGAAGAUGACACUUUAAUCUUCAUGAAUAUCCGCUUCCUUGGCAGAUCACCCACACCAUUCUGAACUUUUAAGACUGAUCUUAAAUUGUGGGUUAACUACAGUAUAUGUAGGUUAGUGCAUGUAGUGUUAAUUUAUAAAACUAUGAUGAGCUAAGACUACUUAAAUGGUAUAAUCUAAUUUUUCUGAAAAAAUUAUAUUAUUAAAAAUUACAUUUUCCUGAAAAAAGUACCUGUUCAGACGAGCUGAUCAAUGAAUUCUGUUGUAGAAUGCAGUCAUUACAAGUUCAAGUAGCGAUGCCGCCCAAAAUAUUCAGAAUCGUGCUUCAACCUGAUUUCUCACUGUUUUCUCACGGGGCAUUGCUUGCAGAGCUGCCAAGUCUCAUGGUUACUCGUGAGUCUCCAUGUAUUGAGUCUUCGAAUCUCACAGGUGGACUUACAAAUCUCACAGUAUCUCAGGAAAAUGAUUUUUAUUCAUCAAAUUCUGCAUCUUUGAAUGCAAGGAAUAAGAUUUACGACUGCACGUUUCCAUUCUUUUCUAAUUCUUACAAACCGAUGAAAAAUUGUUUUGGGAGUAGAGGUAUAGAGGGCUGAGAAACAAAUGUGUUCCAAGAGCGCAUGCCUUCCGAUCUUUAAGGUCCAUCUACACGAUACUACUAGUUGUAUACGAUUCUUAUCCUGACGUAUGUAUGAAUAAAUACGUGUAAAGAUGUCAUAUUGACGACAUCUUUACAUCGUGUAAAGAUGUUAUAAACUGAUGAACAGGAAUACUGCCGUCAGCAGUCGUUUACAUACGCCAGGAUGACAAUCAUAUAUCAAGUGAAGCUCUUGUCACUUUCUACUAUAUUUUAGUGCAGGAAAUAGCUUUUAUAAAGACCAUAGAAAACACUGGCCUCCUCCACAUGCAUCGCCUUAAGAUUGGCGGGUAGAACAAUAGACUUUCUAAACCCAAGUAACCCAGGUGAACCACAAGAUUCCUGCGGAAGAGGCUAAGAAAACACAAAGUUUUGAAAGGGGGCAUGGUUGCAUAGCAAGGAUUUAUAGCACUCACCUAAAUGUACCUAAACUAAUUUGUAAGUAAGUUACAGAAGCAGUCAAAAUUUGGGUUCCAAAUGGUGUACGUGUAUUACAUUAAUCAGUGAUUGUGAACUUGCUUGUUACUUAAAUGAUUCGAUCAGGCAUCAUUAAAAUGCACGAGCGUCGCUCGCAGGCACCUUUUGAAUUUGUUCACGCACAAUUUAGAAUCCUGACUCUUUAGCAAUAUUUAGCAUUCAAAUAUAAAAUAUGAUACAUUUUUGCACACAUAUUUUGAAGUUAUGAAUUUUGCACAAUCUCUAAAGAAUAUUAAUGAGCCUUGAAUUCGAUUCAAAUAUUUUCUAUUUUUCAGUGUAAGUUAAUUCUAAUGGAAGGUUUCAGGAAAAUUAUUGAAUUACUUGAAUUAUAUACUAGAUAAAUCUAUUUUUAUUAGAUAUUUGAACUGUGGUAUUUUAAACGAUACGGCACGUCAUUUAUUGAACAAAUAUCAGUGAAUCAUUUGGGACCAUGGUUAAGUGGCACUGACGGUUCAUCACAUCCUCAUCAGAGUAUUGCAGGUUAGUCUUUUAACGGAUGGGUUUUGUAGAUAAACUCUUCGAAUGCAUAUUUAGACAAAUAUGUUUAGACUUAAGGUGGCUCGAUACAGUUUUCAAAAAUUCAGGUGUUUAACACUUUGACAUGUUCAAACUACGCAUUUUUAGGAUUUAUUCAGCAGAUAUUGGGUUUUUUAUAUAUUUUGAUAACUCUACUUUCAAACUAUAUUAGUUUUAGUAACAGAUAGUUCGUUGCUAUGACGACAUACGUGUACGAAAUUCACUCCAAAAUGACCUAUCGUCUCGUAUAGUUGGAAAAAAAGCAUGGUGACCCCCAAUUUUUUUUCGUGCAUUAUGUUACUUGGACGAAAAGCUAACAAUUAGCAAAAUAUAAAAAAAUUCUGUAAUGCCAUUUUUUUGGAAAAUGCGAAAAUGUCAUAUUCUUCGGUAAAUUUUUUUUGGCAUUACAGAAUUUUUUUAUUUUUUGUAUAAUGAAAGUUUUUAGCAGUGCAAUACAGCAUGCAAAAUUUCAACAUAGGUCACCAGACAAAAUAAAGAGAUAUAGCGCAUUGUUUUUCUCAAAUGGAAAAUUCUAAUGACGUCAGCAAUUGACAUAAAACGCUAUAGAACACGCGCAAUGGCGUGAUAUGGCGCGAGCAACUGCUCACGUCAGGUCAUUUUGGAAGUUCUUUCAUUUUGUUAAUCAGUUUCCGCGACCUGCGCGACUUGUGCGCGUAAAAAUGGUCACCCGGUUUUGAGUUCGCGAUUCUUGAGCAGAGUUUUUGUGAUAACUAUAUCGAGCCACCUUAACCAGGAGCAGUUGUGAAAAGGCAGCGUGUUAGCCAACUUAAUGAAAUUGGUUAAUUCAGUUAUCCCACGGCAUGUCUCCUAUUAGGAAACAUUUCUUAUUGUCGAUUUCACUUUUCAAAUCGCGAUUCCAAAGUUUGUUGUGAAUAUUCCCAAUUACGUUUCAAAAUUUGGAAUAUUGGGCGUGAAAAUUGCAACUUCGCAAGUUGCGGCUUACUAAAUUACUGAAGUACUGAACUAAAAUACCGAAGUACUGAACAUAAACUCGUCAUUUGCAGUGUUUUACUAACAUGGCCAACAUAUAAAGUUUGUUCGUUCACUGCAACCAGGUUUAUAAUAUAGCAUUUGUAAAUUCUCAACGCUGAUUGGCUAAGAGCCGUGUUGAUAUAACUCCAUGUCAACACGGGAAAUUUUCCGCCGCUUGUAACACGGAAAUUGUUCUUAUUCUUCGGGCUUUUGACAUUGCUAUAUUAUAAAACAAAUAUAAAACAUUUUUUCCGUAUUGAUAUAUAGUUAUAUCAACACUCGUGGAAGUUGGGAAAACUCGAAAUUGUGUGAAAACACUCCGCCCUUCGGGCGUCGUGUUUCCACACAAUUUCUCGUUUUCCCAAUUUCCACUCGUGUUGAUAUAACUGUAUAUCAACACGGAAAAUGUUUUAUAUUUGUUAAAUAUCAAUCAUGUUUCGCUCGCUACUCUGGUUUAAAUAAAUUAUUACAAAGCCCAGGGUCUUGAUUACAAUUCGACUGGGUCAUCACAUUGGUCUUGAUUACAAUUCGACUGCAUGGGCUUUGUAAUCAUUUAUUUAAACCAGAGUAGCGAGCGAAACAUGAUGGCCAACAUAUUUGACAAAUUUUUUAUUACUGCUUUUAAGAAAUAUGUUUAAUUCAUUGGCUACAUUAGCAAAACGCUGCAAAAUUACGUGUUUAUGUUCAGUACUUUCGAUACUUAGUUCAGUUCUUCGGUACUUUGGUAAGCAAUUUGUGAAGUUGGCUUUGCAAUUUUCACGCCCAAUAUUCCAAAUUUUGACACGUAAUUGGGAAUAUUCACAACAAUUCAACAUACUUGGGAAUCGCUCUCUGCAUGAAAGUGACCUAAAAUCGACAUAACUCUGGUCUGAAUGUCUCGUAAACGACAUUCUAGUGGCCUAGCACAAGGCUCUGAUUUGCUGAGUUAAGUUGAAGUGCAGUCAACUGACAUUAUUUUGCGUACUAAAACAAAUAUAUAUUUUAAACUGGAUGGCAUUCUCUCAAAUUUUUCUUUCGCAAAGAUUUGGAAAUAGGGAAAUUGCUAACGAAACGUAAUUGGGAAAACAGCGUGUAACGCCGAAUUUGUGACUGUAGUUACAGCAGGGCCUUUUUUAACAUACAAGCUGGGGGGGGGGCAAAUGUCCCCCCUUGUGCCCCCCCCCCACGAAAUUACAUUUUGCCCCCAGGAAAGUCCCUUUUCCUAAAAUUAUACAACAAACCAGCGAAGAUUCCCCAGACCCCCAAUCAUGCGUGGUAUAUUGGCCACACACGUGGCCUUCAGCCAUUGCUAUCCCCCUCUAAUAUAUUAGGGAGCUUUAGAUUUGACUACGAGUACGACUACGAGUACGAGAUUCGUCAAGCUAAACGCAUGCUGUAUGCUUACGCCAUCCCGUACUGACGCUAAAAAGUCGUAGCCGUCGCCCAUCUGAGUACGGAAUUGUGGAGAAACCUCGUAGUCCUCACGACGACUUUUCAAAAAAAAACAAAGAAAUUUGGCUUUUUUUUGUUUUCCAAAAAUAAUUUGUAGCAUUUAUAUAGCGUUUAUCCGGCGCAAAUAAUAUAUUAGUACUAAAUAUCUGGCCUGUUUUUAAUGUUAUGACUUAUGACUUAUUUACACGUUUUGUAGGGGAUUUUAGUCGGCAGGAGAUUUAGUUUAUGAAACUUUUUCUCUAGUUGUUGGUUUACUGUUAUAAAAGCAACAUUUGAAUGGGAACGAAAACGACUACGGUAAUUUCCUCGCACGCGAUCAAAUCUCGUACUCGUAGUCGUACUCGUAGUCAAAUCUAAAGCUCCCUAUUAUCUCACAGAAAGGUCCCUUUUCAAAAAAUGUCCCCCCCCCCCUCCCAUGGGAAAACCUUAAAAAAGGCCCUGAGUUACAGUAACACCCUGAUAGGCCCUGUGGUCUUGCGAUUCCGGUGCAGCACUCUAACCAACAGAGCUACAGAAUCUAGUUGCUGAGCAUUAACCACAAAAUCAUGUAUACAGUAUAUACUGUAUGUAAUGGAGUAAUGCCAUGAGUGAUCACAUAGCCAAUCAAUGGAUCAACAAAAAAGAACUAAACGAAAAAAUUUUCUGGGUCAAACUUUCUUACUCCUACGUUCUUAGAAGAAAAUUGUAGUAUGAAAGUCAACAACUUCUUUUUUAGAUUUUACUGACAAUCUAUUAAUUGGCGUUGGUUAAAUAAUUAUGCCCCGCAACCUGUUCUCAACAUAGCGUUAAAUUAAUUUUAUAGCUCAGCAAAUAUAAAAUAAAAAUGGUGCAAAAGUUAUUUGAGAAUAAUAGUUGCUUUCCCCUAUACUACUAAAUUCCUGAUGAGGGGCAUUUUGUAGCAACGUCAGAGGCCGGUUCUGUAAGUGUGUGAUGAUUCUCGUGUAACAUGCAGGAUGAAAAGGUAGUACUAAACGAUCUGAUCUUCAUUCUAGAAUGUAAAGUCUGGAGAAAUCCGAUGAAUCUGUUUCGCGGAGCUGAAUAUCAAAGGUAUGUUAUUCCUCCUAGUAGUUAGUCAUGACAUAACAAGAAUGUUACUUAAUUUGGUGUCCAGUUUUGAGUAUCCCAUGCCUUCUGAAAUUAACAAGCACAAAAGCUUGGGUAUAUGAGGUGGGUAUUGAUCAUUGUGGGAGUUUAGUAUUACCAUUGGAUGAGCAUUUCUAAUUACUUUAAUUAGCUUAUUUCCAUAGAUUUUCCUUUCCUUUUGUUAAUUUGGUAUUAAUUAGGUUCGUGUUGAACCCAAAAAUUGUUAGACAAUAAAAUAGUUAAAAGAUUAUUUCUACAGAUCAGGAAACAAGUGGACUUUUUAUAAACAGGUUUUCAACCUAUUUAUUGUGGGAGAUACUACAAAAAUAUGAGCGCAUGCUCGAACACUACCAAUCGAAGCAGUCUCCCGCACAGCCAGUACUGUAAUUGUGUUAGGCAUUGGGGCUAACGCUACUUCAAAAUGUAUUAUGUUAGCAGUGCAAAAGGAAUCAGAAGUGCAUAAAAUGGAAAAAUUGAAUUAAAGUAUUGUGGCAAAUAAAAAGAUUAUUUGAUUAUUGACAACAUUUCAGCACAGCAACAAUAAUUUUUAAGCACUUCAAGCUUAGCUUUUCCUGUCCACAUAAUCCAUUUUACAAUACAGUUACUUGUAUGGCGCGAGGGUUAGUGGCCUUUACACAAGACGUGAGUAUAAACGAGCGUUUCUACGCUUUAAAGCGGUCUAAAUAAAUUUAAAGGUGAAAAGGUACUGACAGAUGCAGUGUUCUUAUUUUGUCCGCAGAUACAAAGAAUAUAACUGAAUAAAGGGCGUUGUAUUUUUAGAUAUACUUGGGUGACUGGCAAAGAACCUUUGACGUUUUAUGACAUGAAUCUUUCAUCACAGGAUCACCAGGUAUAAUUUAUUAUGAACGCUGUCAAUGUAUGGUACCUAUGGCACUAUGAUCAGUGUUUCAAAAGGGAAACACAGUAUAUGCAAAAACUGAAACACAAUCCCAAUUGUAAAUAGUUUUGCCAGUUUGCAUAUACUGUACAGUGUACAAUCUAACUCAAGCCUCAUAGUUAUAUAUUGUCUAGCUGGGUUUCAGUCACGUGGUACGUUUAGCGCUUGGUGGUCAACUCCAAAUGGAAACACAUUUAUCGGAGCGAGUUAAUUAAAUAUUCAUUAUUGAUCUUGUGUUUGGUUCAAAUAUAUGCAAUUUAGCGAAAUUUAGUUACUUCCACAACCAAGCGAUUCCCUAUAUUGUAUAAGUCUUGAGUGAAACCCACCUAUACACUAUAUAGUAACUGCAAAAAGAAGAAUUCUUCAAUGUAUCAAGACUACUAAUAGUGUGUUUGAUGCCCAAACUCUGUUCCAAAAUGACCUUGUAUAUAUGUUAAUUUGUUGUGUGCAAUCUUUUGCUAGUUCAGAUUGAACAAUUUGCUUGGGAUUUUUUUUUAAUGCCAGAACGUCCAUGCCGGUAAAAUCUUUGCUAAUGCAUGUAUGUAUUGCUAUCAGUUAAUAGUUGGUUUUAAUUCCCCUACAGAAAUUCUUUACUUGUGAGGGAGAUGAAUCAAGUGGCGUACCAUCUGAUACAAGUAUGUUUGUUUUUAUCUUUGUAUUCAAUGCGAUUUACGUUCAGAAAUGUUUGUUUCCAAGAAAAAUACGUUAAAAAUAUUUGUAUUUACAAAUUUAGCCUUUUCGAAAAAAGAUAUUGGUGAUUAUAUCAAUAUGAUUUUUAUUCUUAUGUUUGAAACGUCGUUUCAUAUAUUCGUGUUGAAUAUAUUGAAUAUGUACUACUGUUUUCUUUUUCAAGUCAUGUUCUCAGCUUGGAGAGAAAGGAAUGCAGAAAAGAGGAUAGAAAUAGCCCAUAACGCAUUACAACAGGAAGGAAAGUACGUGUCAUUAAGACUUCCAAUCAGGAUAAUAUUCACUUGUCAGGAUAAUAUUCAAUGUCUGCUCUCCGAGACGAAGUCCAGGGAAACUUUGAGAUUCGAGGGGAAACAAAACGAUUCAUACAACAAUUGUAUUUCAUGACAAAAACUCGAUAGUGUAAACGAGUUUAAAAUGAAAAGAACCUAGUACAUAAAUGGUUUCAUCAGCAUAUUCUGUUGCCUGUUGUGUGUUUUUCUUCUCUUUUACAUUCUGACUUGGAAAAUCGUAGUUUAUAAACUUGCGAAUUGUGCCGGCAUGUUGUUUAUUUAUGUACGUAGCCGGUCGGGGCGGGCAACAAGCCCGGUGGAAUACAUUGCAUUUAUAUAAAGCCACGUGAUCACAAAUCAGCCAAUCACACACUUUAUUUUAGGCUGGACUCUCGGGCUAAAGAACGUGACAAUUUAUUUAGCCUCCAGCCUUUAUUUAGCCCCCCCCCCCCUUUCUAACAAGCCACCAGUCCAGAUUUUGCAUACAGUGGCUUUCCAGAGCUCGUGAAAUUAGUGCUUUCAUAAUGAUUGUAAGAAAAUAUACUUUUGUAAAUAAUUUUAAUAGUAAUGUUUUAACUUUUCCUGGUACCAUCUCCACAAAAAUAAUAUAUUUUUAUUUCCCCUUGUCUAAAGUUAAAAGGUAGUUCUCUUCAACCACGAGGUUGGUUGCUCUUUAACGCGUUCUAAUUCAGCUUUGGCUGAUCAUGUGGGUCAAACGACGACGGUACUUGUUGGUCCAUGACAUCAUCCCUGCAUGGAGUAUUUAUAAAGAGUUGUGUUGCGGUGAUGACAUUGAUCCGGAGUUUUGUUCACUGAUGACGUCAUUCCUCGAGUAUAUAAUCAGCAACCUCGUUCCCUGAGAACGCUGGGACACUAGGCUGGGGUUUUGCUGGAGUGUCGAAAUGUUGGGUUGUGAAUGUAUUCGACCAGCUUUUGUAUUCAUGAAUUUACUCUAUAACCUGAGUAGCGAGCGAAAACAUGACCGAUAUCAAUAUUUUUUAAAUUUUAUAUCAUGAGAUGUGGAGUACUAAUGCCACCAUGUCAUAUUCUUAAUGAAAUCUAUUCUGGUAUCCAUGACACACUUUAAUGCGCACUUGUUCUCCUUUCACUAAUGGCUGCCACGUUUUGUUAUUUAGCUCUGCUUCCGCGUACAUAUUGUUAGCUGAGGAAGAAGCAACGACAAUUAUACAGGUAGAAAUUCAAUAAAGCCUUAUAUAUCAUGCAACAACCGAAUUCAUUAAUUGUUUUAUUAAGUAUUAAAUAUGCAAUAUAUCACCUAUACAAACUACCAAUGUAAAGUUAAUGUUUUAAGGAGCAGUUUAAACCAUAUUUGGUUUUGAGGCUCUCGGCAAAAUUUUAAAAUAUUUUAAUUUUUUUUAUUUCAUUGUGCUAAUCUUCACCCCCAUAAAUCACCCUGUAUUAAAUUGGAGAGAGGGAAACGUAUUCGCGUGAUUUAAAAAAUCCGCCUGCGCCCGCAAUUUACUGACCAGAGGAGACAAAAUUCCCACCUGUUGGUUAUAUAUUCAUGUCUCGCUAUUUAUGAAUGCUUACCCUAACCGGUGACCCUAACCCUAACCGCUGACCCUAACUCAUAAACAGCGAGACAUUAAUCUAUAUCCCAAAUACGCCAGAUCUGCAGACAAUACAUAUGUUAUAUCGUCUGUAGCAAUUACGUCAUACCUACAUACACCACGAAUUAUUUGUUGGUUAAUAUCAAUUUAUAAAUGUUUCAUUCCAGGCGGAGUCGUUCUUAAAACAAGCUCUUAAAGCAAUCGAAGGCUGUAUAAAAAGUAAAUUUUAUCCAGUAAAAGAUGACCCAAUACAUAGU